GAGAGUGCCGAUGACAGCGUGCAGUGUACUUGCAGUCGCAGCUAUUAUACCAGGACAGACUCUAUCCUAACCGGAGAGUAUGCCACUGACGUCGCUCUUCCGCAACGAGCUGAAACUCACUGAGCGGAAUGAGACGAGUGUGGUACGCGAGUGUCUCUUGACGGAACUCGAAUUCCAGAUCAAAGAGUGCGAGAAUGCCAACCGGCAACGGGAGGACGAGCAGAAGAAGAAGCAGGGCGUGGCCGACUACAGCUGGCUGGCAAGCGCCCCGCCCAAAUAUUACUCCGUACCCCAGCUCCAGAUGCUGCAACUCGAGGAACUAUGCAGCGCGAUUAAGUCGACGGAAACUGGUCGGAUAAUCAACAGAUAUCGAGAGUUGUUAGUGAGAGAACCCAGGGUCGAGGAGUUGCCGUUACUCAUGAAAGCGGUUAUGGAUCAGGUGAUACAAGAGCGCCCUCAGGAGGAAACACUUAGCGAGUGGGUUGUCAAAAGAACUACUAGUCUGACACGGAUGCGUAAUCACGUCCGCGUGUCUCCGUUGAAUCUGGAUGAUGACGAUGUUAAUAAUAAAGCCACUAAACGAUCACUGAGCAUGCCGGAGUUCAGCGCCCGGCGGACGGUGCAGCCGCGGAGCCUUGCGGAGUUUUGUACACACAUAGACGACCUUCCAGUUUAACAAUCACCUUGUCCGGCAUGAAUGGCCAAUAGUGCCAGUUUUUCUAUUUUUAAUCUCUCCAGAAAAAUAAAUCAACUCGCUUGAAGGCACAGGGUGGUUCACAUGCCUCUUUUGGAUGUUUCACCAUUUCUUGUACUUUUUAAAGACGGUCAGAUAUAUUUCUGGUCUACGGUCAGGAAUGUGACUCUGACCGAGGCUGAUUUUGGUGUUGAACACACAAAAAUUGGCUCAUAGUGGGACUCGAACUAUUGACCUCCAGAUUAACGUGCCGGCGCUCGGCCAACUGAGCGAUCUAGCCCUAUUUUGGCGAUCUCCCUAUUUUGACUCGCCCCUUCUGGAUGCUUUACAAUUUCUUGUACUUUUUUAAGUUUGAGGUUAGUGAACAUGUUUUCCGGGCGUGGUCUUCGUUUCUUCGAGAGGAACAGAUAACGAUCGUCUUGGUGAAGGGCUCACAAGACAACUUCAACAAAGACGGGAGUAAGCUAUUCUUGCCUCAAUGAAGUCAAAAUCGAGCGUAUCACAUGCAAUUUCUUGUUAGCUGUAUGAGUUUCCCAUACCCCCAGUAGUUUGCUUUGGUGCCCCCUAGGUAGAAAGAGUGAAGGUUUGGUCAUAGAUUGAUAAAUUCUCCACAACUUUAUUGCCAUAAAAACUUGGUGAGAAGCACUGCAGCUUCAACUCUUUUAAGAAA